AAGUGGCGCUUGCUCAAGUGCGCCCACGGAGACGCAGCAGGAGUGGACCGGAAACAACAGGGUGAGGUACUGAUUGUAUGCUUCAGGAGAACGGAGUUUUUACAUUUCACGCGCUUGGAAUUGGUUGUAUCCAGAGACUGUAGUUAUUUGAAGUGCAACACUGUCAACCUUCAGAAUUACAAGAAUUAAAUGCGAAUGCUAUAUCACCAUAUUUUGGUUAGGCUUGACCAUUAAAACAUUGUUUUUUCUUUAUUAUUUUAAUCGCACGCACCUGCACCUGAGUUCCCUCGCACAGUUCAUCAACUGGAGGCAUUUAAAGAAAGGACUUAAGAGUUUUGCUGACCAUAUAUUUCAUCAUGAAAUUGCUGGUGUCAAUGUUGGUAGUUUUUCUUGCUUUGGCUGAAGUAUUUUCUGAAGAAGGUGGUCAUAAUGGAGAUCUAAACCACUGGACAAAUAGUAUUCAAAUACAGGACGAGUGGCUUGCAUCUGAUCCUGUAAACGAGAUCCUAAAAAGAAUCACAAGGAAACCUCGGCCUCGUCAAUUUUUUGGUCUAAUGGGAAAGCGAUCAUACGCAAAUGCACAGAUAACCCGCAAACGGCAAAAACUCAACUCUUUUGUGAGUCUGAUGGGGAAACGAAGCCAGGAAGAGCCAGAUAUGUAUGAAUGGAGAAUACAGAACUAGGAUCAACCAUGUUGGAGACUGUGUCAAACAAACAGAUUGUGUCAAUGUGUUCAGUGAAGAUUCACUCCUUCUGUGAGUGAGAGGUGCCUGGUAUUAAAUUGAUGUUGUUUGAAUUUUUAUUUCAAAUUAGCUUAUAUAGUAUAAAUUAUGUCCUCAUUGUGGUGACAAUGACAAUUUUAGUCAUCAGAAACAAAAAACCUGAAGCAACAAGAUGUAAAAUGUUACAUAUCAUGUUAUCUGUUGUAAUGAAGAGUGAACUAUUUUAUUACUGACCAAAAUGGAAAGCUUCACCCAGCUAACCUGGGAAGUGUGUAUAGCCAGACUCAUUUUAUAGUGCUGCAUUAUUGUUUCUUGUUUGGGUGUUUGUUUGUUUGUUUGUUUGUUUGUUUGUUUGUUUGUUUGUUUUUUCUCAAAUAAAUUGUAUGGUAGUGCAGUCAUGUUCAAAUGCCACAGCAUGCCUGGUUAUUUUUGUUAGUGUAGCCUACCAUAAAGACUAUCUGAUGUCAAACAAAAUAGUAUUAUGGUUUGUGAAAGUGAAAUGUUAUAUUAAAAUAAUUUUUCAUUUGA